AUGUCUCUCUUACAAGCCUACAAGAAUCUCACCCCCAAAUCCAAAGCCGCAUUCGGCGCCUUUCUGCUAGCCUGGGGCGUCCUAGGCCUGCAGUUCGCCGACAAGGCCGAAGCCAAGCUGGGCCUGACGCCGAGCGAGGCCGACAAGGCUGCGCUAGAGCGCGUGAAGCCGCGAGUCGUCGUCGUGCCCAAGGUGGGGGAUGGGGAGAAGUGA